GUUCGUUUCUCAGUGUAGAAAUGUCCGGAGGCGCGCACGUCCAGAUUCCACCUCGACCCUCUCAAAAGGCGGCGCGAAAAAAAACCGCCCGCGAGCGGGAAAACGUAUAACAUUUCAAUCUCCCGGCUUGUGACACAAUUAAGUAGAACUAGAACUAGUGCAUACAAUUAUGAAGCAAACUCAUUAAACAGGGCAAUUGCGAGCAAUCUGCGCACUUAUGCAACGGUUUUCAACAUCAUUAUAGUCGUUACAAAAUGAUGUUCAGUAAAAAUUUACAGUGCUAGUGACCGGCUGUGCAUCACUUAAUUUGUUACAUGUGUUUUGUUGUUUGCGAAAAACAAAAUUGACAUUGGUGCUAUUUAAAAUGGAUGCCGGAGUGUAUGGCGAAGUGCCAAAAUUCAUACGAACAGCUGACUGUAAACAAACAAUUUAGUACGUAUGUACUUACCACAUUCUUUACAUACUCGCACAAAUGUGUCGAGUGUGUAAUAAAAAUAAAGUGGAAGUAAUGGCGGGGAAAGAAGAGUCGACUGAUAGUGAUGGACCCAUAGUAGAUGACAACAUAAUAAGAAUUCAAUUGCGAAAACCAUGUCAAAGGAAAUGGGAACUCCGAACGCGAAAUUUGUCGUCGGGGAAUACAUUCCCGACGAUACAACUUUUUGAUUGCGACGGAAACCUUCUCGUCGAAACAAAUGACGAUAAUAUAUCUAUAAAGAGUUCUGAUUUCGAUAAUAGCCCUUUGAAAAGCAGUCAAUCUUUAAAAGGACUAAAGGAUUACAAGCAUUACAUUAACAAAAAUGGUAUCAGAAAACACAAUACUAUUUCAGGGGACAAAGUAUUUACACGUGUCUAUAGAAGACCAGUAGAAAACAAUAAUAGAGGAAUUGGUUAUAUUAUAAAUGACGGCAGCAGUAUUAUAAAUAUUCCAGACAAUCUCACAUUAAACAACAACUUUCCCCAUUUGCAAGUAAAUAGUCUAGAGACUACCUCCUUCCAGUCUGAAAGUGUGAGUGAUAUAAGCAGUUACAAAAGUUCCGACAACGAAACUUGUGAAAAUGGUAAACAAACAUUCAAAAAUAGUGCACUGAGUAAAUUAAUUUUUCCAAUGAAUGAUCUUUAUGUUCCGAGUUCUAAAAACUCAUCCGUCUCAUCUCUGAGUGAAAUCGAUCAAUCAAUCGAAAUAUCAUUACGUGAUGAGAACGGAGUUGUAACAGGGUUACAUAAAUCAAAAUCAUUGAAUGACACCGCACUACGAGAGAGUACAAAUGAAUUCGCGAAAGAUGAAAUACAGCGUUCUAAAUCCGGGAUAGUGUAUCAUCCACCGCACAACAAGGUAUCAUUCCUGAACACUUACUUAAAAAGCUUACCAGCUAGAAUGAACAGUAAUCCGGAUUGGUUUACUUUACACCGUCUCUCGAUAAAAUCCCCUCAAAAUUCCCUAGCGCCGGUGAAGUGUAGGGAAUUGCCUAAAUUCCCUUCGGAAACAGCGCGGCGCCGCUUUAAAAAAGGCGAUAGCACGUCCGACAAUGAAUUUAUUAAUAUUCCAACGGAUAUAGCGGCAAAUUGUGAGAUAGAAAAACGCCUAAAAAUGUAUAGACGUGGUUUAUCGGAAAUCGAGACGAGACAGAGAGUUUUAAAUGUAUUUGCAAAAAAACGGAGCCAUUCUGUGAGUGGUUCAGUCAAGAUCGUCAACAGUUCGUCGUCUGAAAGCUUGGACGAGGCUGAUGUGGUACUCAACCGGCUUAAAAGGAGGAUUCUAAAGAACAAGAUGAGAGAAAAAAGACGGUGCCUUGGCGAAAAAUUCCAAUUAGCAAAACGAAACUGCCCAGAUAACGGACAGAGCACCGAAGACGGGCGGCGCGAUGCGUCCGGCGGGGCCUACGUAGGGUCCCGCCAAGAUAUGGGCUCCAACAUCAGCCAACAUUCCAACAAGGGUCUGAAGGGCCGCCGCGCCCGCUCCAGUGGAGACCUCUGCAAUGGCGACUCCAAAAGCCAAACGGAAUCCUCCGUUUGUGGGUCAGUCGUCGGAGAUGUUAUGGGAUGGAAUAGAUCGCUGCCCAAUCACCUGGACGGCAACCGCCACCUAGCUGAUUAUAGCAGAGUUAAUAAUAAUUAUGGUGAUUUUACCACAUAUCGAUCUCAUCCAAAAGGAGGAAGAGGACUGCGGUACAGGGUCACAAAAUCUGGGUCCAACGCGGAGCCAGUGUGGAAACUCCAAGACCCCGGCUUCGACCAGGGCUACGGCUCGGAAAGGUCUCCAGAAGAAGACUACGUGCCGCCCAUCGUGCCGCCCAUCUCUCUCGAAGCCUACGAGGCCGAACUCCGGACCGUUUACCCUUUCAUCAACGAUGAGAACACCUUCACCGUGGUGGUGGAGAAGGACGGUCGUGGGCUGGGCAUGUCGGUCUGCGGGGGCGGGGGGCUGGUGAAGAUCCGCCGGCUGUACCCCCCGCAACCCGCGUGGCGGACCGGACGUCUGGCGCCCCGGGAUCUGCUGCUCUCAGCCAACGGAGUCCCGCUUGCUGGGCUGAGUACCUAUGAAGCCCUGGAAGUACUCCGCACGGCUGCGGCGCGGGUGGAGCUGAGGAUCUGUAGGCCUCCGCCCGGGGCGCUGGAGAGCGUUACGCCCCCUGACCCUCCGACGCCCCCCGCCCGCACCCCGCAUCCGCAUCUACCACCGAUGGACCCACUCAACUGCCAUCCGAUGCAUGCCAGAUUAUCUCAGACGACAAGUAGCGCAACCACCUCUUCAUCCGAAGGUCGAGGUAGACGCGAGGCGAGCCCCGAGGUCAACCGUGAAGACCUCCGUCUUCCUGACCUUGACCGACCUAUGCCAGUUUACGAUGUUCAAUAUGGGGAUGACGGAUCGGUGGAAUUCGACAUAGUGAUGAGCAAAGUGAAUGGCUCUCUCGGCUUCACGUUACGGAAGGAGGACCACAGUGCACUCGGGCAUUACGUGCGUGCACUGGUGCGGGAGCCGGCGCUGAGCGAUGGCAGGAUACAGCCGGGGGACAGAAUUGUAGCGGUUAAUGACACGCCCAUGUCGAACAUGUCGCACGCAGAGGCCGUGGCUUUCCUGCGAGCAUGUGGAUCCGAAGUAAGACUGCGGCUGUACCGGGACCACGCUGCCACGCCAUUAUCGCCCAUGUCGCCUAAAGAAGAAGGCCCUAUCGACUCUGACGGGCCCUUGAAUAAGACGAAACCACCGCUCAGAGCGGAGGCAGUUUCCAUGCUGUGUGAUCUGGCAGCUCGUCGCCUGACUCCCGACGCCGCAGACGGCUCCAGGUCCCCAUGUCUAUCACCCAGGAAAUUCAGGAAACUCACCAAGGAUAACAACCAUUAUGAACAGCCCAACGAUCAACCGACCAAUACAGUAGAAUCUGCACCCCAAGAGGCCGGGACUCAACGAGCACACACAGUCACUGUGACCCACGCUAGCAGCCCAAAACUACCACAUAGUAGACAACAAAAACUAAGCCUGACAGUACCUCCACAUGGCUACGAGCUGAACAACCUAGAUAACGCCGCUUUGGACGCGCCAAACGUGUAUCAGGAGGACAUAAGUCGACAGCGGUUCACUGAGCCAGUAUUCUCCGUGGAUUCUGACGAGCCAGUCUCGAUGCCAGCAGAGCUGUCGAGCGACGAAAGGUUCAAGCAUUCCAGCCCUGCGUACCAGAGCGCAGUGCUCCAUACUUCCAGCGAUAGUGCUUCGGAUGGAUAUAAAGAUGACAACAAUGGAUUAAAGAAAUGGAAAGGCGUUGCUCUAUCACCGGAGAACGAGCGCAAGGUGGUAACAAUGGACGUGCCGCCUCCUCCGCAACCAAUCCUCAAAAUAACUGAAGCCGUCCAAAAAGAAAACAUAAAACCAGAGGAACCAAAGGACAAUACUAGUACAGAGCCUACGAUCGUGACAGUGGAGCUGAACCGCGGGUGGAACAGCCGGCUCGGCUUCAGCGUGCAGAGCCACCCGGAGUCCGGCCAGAGCUACAUCUCGGCCGUGUACAGCGACAGCGUGGCCGCGCGCGACGGCCGGCUGCGGCGCGGUGAUGUCAUACUGCAGGUGAAUGAUGAGAACGUGACGUCGAUGAAAACACCUGAAGUGAUAGACUUGCUCCGUAUUCUUCGUGGUUCCAUCUGCAUUACAGUGCUCAGACCACCAAAUCCAAAAUGAAUGUCAACAACCCGCACAACUAUUGGUACUGUCCAACAGUAGGCGUCAAGAGUUCGUUGAACGCUCAGCUGAAGUUGUACAUGACAGCAUCUAAAUUCAAAUUACAGUAACCUUGUCUAUUUGAACAUUAUUCUAAACUAUCUCAAAUAAACUAUGCCCCAGUAUGAAUUCAUAGAAAGUUGGGAUGAAUAUUUUAAAACUAGAUUUAUAAAUACAAAACCCACAUCAUUUGGAAAACUUACGUCUUUUUUUUUCAUUAUAAUAUUUGAAAUGGCGUGAGAAGAAUUUUAUGAAUUUUAUUGCCAAGUAAACAUUUCGUUAAAGUUCCUAUAAAUACUUAUAAAAAACUUACCAAUUAUAUUUAAAAAUAUACUAAUUAUGACAAGCGAAUGACGUAGAUCUGGCGAGAUAAUCUCGACGCUCAGAUUUGAAAAAAUAUACUGUUAAGAAAUAAUUAAAUAAUUUUUGAAAUUAAUAUAAAUCAAAGACAUGUAGGUAUUUUAUGAUAGUUCUGUUAUACGACCAAUUCACACAACGAAAACUAUUUUCACUACAAAAUUACAAUACACAUUCUGCAGGCAACAUAUUAAAGUAAGAUUAUAUAAAAGUUAUUUACAUUGAAAAUUGUCUAUGAAUUUUCGUAUCGCGAAAGUAACAGCUAAAAUGUUUCAUGCCUUAUUUUAUAAAUAAAUAGAAUAUAGGUACCUGAUAACCUAAUAUUUUGAGUCUGUUCAAAUCUCUUUGGUUCACCUAGCUAAAACCAUUUCCCUUUUAAAACUAUGUCCUCCCCUUACAAGGCGUAAAUAUAGAAAACGCAGGUAAUUCUUGUAACGUCACGUCUCGGAUGAACAAUGUGUUUAGCAUUGCAAGUUUGGGCCUUGUACAUAAAAAAGAAGGAAAAUUGACAAUUAUUGAUCUGAUUCUAGUAAAAUAAUUUAAAUUCGUAGUGAACACUGAAAACAAUUUACUAUUAUAUUAUAAUGUAAAUAUUUAAAAACUUUGCUCAUGUUUAGCGAAUCAUAUAAGUAAUAAAAAUAAGGAAAGUAUUUUCCAAGGCAAAUUGUUUUUAUCGACGAAUUUGCCUUAAUUUUACUAAGUUAUGUGCUAAUUUAGUAAGUUUAAUAUCAUGCAAUAACGAAAAUGCACUAUUUACUUACAUAUAGCUAUAAGACAAAUCAAAAUAUGAGAAAUUUUACUUAAUUGGUUCCUAGAACGCGAGGUUGAUAUGCGAAUGAAUUGUGGAUAUUGUGUGGCCUAUAAUAAUGUUAAGGUGUACAUAAUUGUAAUAUACAUAUACGGCUCCUACCAGACAAUCUCCUUUUAAAUAACACGUCAAAUUAGCACAAUUAUUGUAAGUACUUUUUAUUAAAAUAUUCAACUGCACUACAGACACAUAGCUUCUAAUUAUUAUAAACUCAAAAGUCUGUCUAUUUGUCACACUUUCAAGGGUUUCACUUUUUUAUUUUUGUGAAAUAUUAUUUGCAUAACCCGAUGUCCAAGGAUAAUUUUUAGACAAGGGUGAAGCCGCGGACAACAGAUAAUUUUACGAUAUUAUACCAGAUUUUGAACCGCACAGCUCUGUGUGUCAUGUCAUGAUAUAUUCAAUUUUUUUCCAGUCACAUGUAAAAAAAUGUUAAAGCAUACUUAAGUACAUAUUAUAUUUAAAUACCUGUAUUCUUAUUAUAAGCACUUAAUAUGGACUCUAGUCAAAUUCAAAUUUUAAUAAAAAGAAAUUAGUACUUUCAAAGUAUAGUGUUGCAAUUGUAUUAUAAAGUUGUAAAAUAAAUAUUAAUAUUAAUACCAAUUGCAUAAAUCUGUGGUUUUUUAAUAACUGUUAUCAUACUCAAAGAUUUUAUUGACAAAUCGAAACUAGUGAAUCUAUUUUAAUAAAUUAUAAUAAGGUACAAAAUUAGGUGAAUUACGUGUAGAAACAAAGGACCUUGCACACUAAAUGACUUGGGGUCUUACUCUGAAUGUGUAAGUAAAGUCUGAUGUAGUUACGCUAUCGCCCGUCCCCAGUAGUCUUACUGUUACUGUUAGUAAAUAGUAGUAAGUAGAAACUAGCAGGGAAAUAUCCUUGCCAAUAGACUUCCUGAUAAGUCUACUGGGAACUUUGAUCUCAAGUCAAGCGUUGCGUUUUACUUUUUUGUUAAAGAAUGACCCAAAAGAAAAGGGACAUCUACUGACGAUAAUAUUUAUUAUAUUACAUUCAGAGUAAGGUCCCACAACGAAUCAAACUCAUAUUCUAAAAUAAAAUGUGAUGGAUUUUGUGUUAGAGUUACAAUGUAAAAUUUAGAUACAAUGUAGGUAAUAAUAUUAAUAUGAAAUAUUGAUAAAGUUAAAAACUAGUUACGGGAUCCAGUAUACAAAGGGUUCUGUACUAUAUAACUCCAAAUACAGAUAAUAAACAACUACUUCAUUUUCACUGGCUUUUAAGCCAUAAAUUUUUUUAAGAUAUGAUUCCCAUAGAUCAUAUUCGUUUAGAACCGCCAUAGACACGCAAAUAUUCUUCUUUGCGUAUCGAUGGCGUUAUAGAUUAGUGCGAUCGUAUGGCAUGUAGAUUAUUAACUUCCUAAAUUCGUGAAAAUUAUACAAUUGGACUAUAAUGUGACAGUUCAUCUUUGUAUACUGGACCCUAUUUGUAGAUGAUGGUUAGAAGAGUGCUGAAAAUGGACAUGAUAAUAUGUAGUGAGUAGCUAACUUUGUUACGGGAAACGUGUGAAUGUCGGUGGAUAUAACGAUACUUUUCUUGAUCCGAUCUCAGUAUUGUGUCCAGUUUAUUACAAAAUCUAACUUGAAAAUAUAGAGAAUUACUCGUUUUUAAUUACGGACAAAAAGGGGAUAAUAAAUACGUAUUUUCAAUCUGAUUUUGAUGUUACAAGAAACCAACGCAACGUAUGUUUCGCAAUAGAUGGUGGCAUAGCAUAAAAUAACGAUUUUUUGUUACUUUUAUGGCAUUAUUGUAUUUUGAAAAUAUUUGUUAACAUAAAUAGUCACCUGUCGAUCUGUCUUGUUAAUUUAUUUCAUGGUGCUCAAUUUGUUGUUAGGUCAUAUGCACACUGCUUGCUAGUCUUGCCUUAGUGGAGAAAGGGCCUUAGUGGCUUCGAUUGAUUUAGUGAAAACCUAUAGUGUGUCACAGUCAUAAUGUAACGGGAUGUACGAUAUUAAUAUAAUUGAAUAAAAUGAUAACAAUAUUUA